AUGUUCGGUUCCAUCAUCAAUCGCUUUCAGACGUUCUCGCCGACCACGUCGCCGGUGACCUCGCCGAAGAUGUCGCGACGCAAGUACAAGAGCCCAGCGCACCGGCGCAGUCUCAAGGACGAGUACAGGGACGUGCAGUCCGAGCCCGAGGACGCCUGUUGCGCAGGGACAUCGUCGGCUACCGUCGGCUAUCGCCGUGGCCUGAUACUGCAACACCAAUUAUUGCAGCAGGACGCCGGAAAUCCGCCUCCGUCGUCGUCGUCGACGAAAAAGAACCGCAGCAGGAAACAGUUGCUGUUGACAAAAUCAAAGUCCACGGCCCGGUUGGACAUAUCCGCCCCAACGGCCGCUCCCGUGCUCGGCAACUAUCACCAAGGGUCAAAGUCCAUGGGAAGGCUGGAUGGUCUAAGACAGGUUCGUUUAGCUUGUUCAUGA